AGGGGCGGGAAAUUGUAUGCAGCAGCGUGGUACGAUAUAUUAUGCGAGGACCGUGUGUGAUAGUGGAGAUUGGAUGGCGAUUGCCCACCAUGACAGACAUGGCCGAGCGGUGAACGGUUCCCCGCCAAUGGCGCAGCGAGCGCUCUCUUCCAUCGUCCCAUUUCUCUUCCUCCGCCAAUCGUCUCCCGUCCACACUUUGUUCCUGGCCUCGAUCUACAUAUCUUCACAGCCAUGGACGCCGCAAACACGCCGCCGUUGCGCAUCCAAGUCGCACGCUCAGAGCCCAUCUCUCCGUCCGAACUCUAUGCUGAAGCUCGUCAGCGACAUUAUGGAGGAGAGCGAGGCUGGAAGGAAGGCGAGGCUGUCAUAAGAGGCGGAAUUCCUGGAUCAUGGAGGAUAUAUUGAGUGUGGUCUAUUUUC